UUAGAAAAUUAAACAUGAAAGAAAGUUGUUAAAAAAAAAGAUGGCGGCUUCGCGACAACUGCAUUGCUCAGCGAAAAAAACUCCGUCUCGCUGCAGCUACAACCUCCACUUCAAUUCCGUAAAUGAUUAAACUUUAAACUUUUUAUCAAUCGCCGAGCCUAAUAAAAAUAAUACAUAACUAACUGCCGACGAAAUUCAUAACCCCAAAAACCUACCACUUGGGCUCAGAGCGGCGUAUAGCGGUGGCUUACGUUUUACAACCUUGUUGACUUCCUCUUCUCGCCUCCCACGCUACUUAUAGACAAUUUAUAUUGGAUUGACAGCACCCGAUGAUGCCUAGAUUUGAAAAGGCCGAUUGAGACGUCACACUGCUGAAGCCCAAGCCGAUUCCGUGGAAAUCUUUAGAUAAGGUUGACAGUAACCAAUGCUAGGACUGACGCUUCCUUUCUUAUGCCACAUUAUCACCCUUUUAGAUUUCGCCACCAGACCUAACGGUAUUCGGCCAACUACAAGCUCUAGAAUUUUUUAUGAAAAUAUGGAAAGCGUAAAACGCAUUUGAAGAUUACUUUUAAAUUUACUUUUAUAAUUUCUAAUAUAUAUAAAUCUCGUGUCACAAUGUUUGUCCUCAAUGGACUCCUAAACCACUCAACCGAUUACAAUAAAAUUCGCACACCAUGUGCAGUUCGAUCCAACUUGAGAGAUAGGAUAGUUUAAAUCUCAAAUUAUAGUCACAAUUAUCUGUUAACUCCAAAUGAUUCUAAGUUAGAAUUUCUAACAGAUGUCGACACCUUUCGACUGGGUUGAGUAAGUAAUCAAUAGAUGGCGCUGCUAUUGAAAUCAGCGAACGUGUCAUAUAAGCUACAUUUUAACAGCAUAAUUAUCACGUAUUGUUGACGCUAUAAAAUUAAUUAAAUUCAGGCACAAGAAUAUCAAGAACAGUCUAACGAACGUCUUCAAGAGAAUAUCAUGAGAACAUGAGCAGCAGGAGAACGAGACAUAGCCACAGUAGGAGUACAGGAACAAUAAUUUCAAUUUAUACACGUAUAAGAAAAUUCAAUGAGAAAAUGGCACAAAGCUCCCCACACUUUUUCAAUAAUUGUACAAAAAUUGUAUAUUAUUUUUAUUUAACCUCCAUUGAAAAUUAUUUUGCACUUAUUAUUUCAAUGUGCUAUGAUAACCUGUUUUUCAGUUCCUCUUUCUAAUAUUUAAACGAUUAAAUUAUUAUUUUCAGUCAAAAAUGCCACCGAAAAGAUCUAACCUCAACAACGCGAGCAGCAAAGGGUCACGACGCAAACGUGUUGAAAGAGCUCAGCAAAUACCAGAACAAAUCGAAACAAGAAAUGCAGCUCAAAGAAUCAGGACUGCAGAAAGUCGUGCACAAGAAUCUCAAGAACGGCGUGACGAACGUCUGCAACAGAAUAUUACGAGAACAAGAGCGGGACGAGAACGAAACAUGGCUACAGUAUGAGUACUAGGGCGACAAAGGCAACGAAUCAGCCGCUCAUUAACACGUGCAUCAUUCGUUCGGCUUGCCUUUGAAUGUGCACCAGAUAUUAACUACUCAGCGCAUUCAAAAAUUGACGUCAUUUGGGGCAACUAAAAUUUGCGAUCGUGCAUCCGAUGGACGUAAUUUUGAAACUACAUUCAAAAUUCAAGGCCAGGUGUACCAUAAAAUCGGAUCCUUGAUGCCAAUGCCUGAUAACAAUCCGAAAGUUCUUCAAAUUUAUUUUAUGGGCGAUCAUGAAGAGCGCGUGACGACUCGGUGCCUGUAUAAUUUUAUUGAACAGGCAGACGGAAGAGCAAUUGUGAUAUUAUUGGAAAAUUUUUUAGAAGAUCACAAUCAACUAAUUCAAUUGAUCAAAAGAGUUUCGCCACGACUGCAAAUUGACAAUUAUCAAAUCGUCAUAAAAGCCGACAAAGUACCAUUAGGUGAACAUGCUGGUAGAUUCAACGCUCCAACUGUUGAUGAGGUGCUGUUAUCAUGGUUGGUGAUCCAGUUGACAAAAGAUCUAUAAAAAUUACACGGCGAGACAACACUGUCGGUACGAUUUCGGAUCUACACCGUUCAUAUGACGCACUACAGUAUCCAUUGAUAUUUUGGCAAGGACAAGAUGAAUAUCACCUUAAUAUAAAACAGUAUGAUCCAAAUACCGGUGAUUACAGUAAUAAAAAAGUUAGCUCAAUGAACUACUACGCACACCGAAUAAUGGUUAGACAACAUCAAGACAAUUAUAUCCUUCGAUAUCGUCAGCUGUUCCAUCAAUACAUUGUUGAUAUGUAUGCUAAGGUCCAAAGCGAACGCUUGCGAUUCCUUCGAUUCAACCAGGCAAAACUACGAUCGGAAGAAUAUAUUCACUUACGAGAUGCUGUUGCUGGAAACAUCGAUGGAAAUGUAAAUCCCAAUGACAUCGGUAAUGCUUUCAUUUUACCUUCAAGCUACAUCGGCAGUCCACGGAACAUGCAGGAAUACAUACAAGAUGCGAUGACUUACGUACGUUAUUACGGCCGACCGGAUUUAUUUAUUACAUUCACAUGUAAUCCAAAUUGGGAAGAGAUACAAACUUUACUAUUGCCAGGAUUUAAGGGAUUGAUUUUAUUGUUAAAUAUUCAAUUUCUGGUAUCACACGUUGUUGGCUGUAUACGAUAGAGUGGCAAAAGCGAGGUUUGCCUCAUGCCCACAUUUUGGUUUGGCUUAAAGAUAGAAUCCGUCCUGAAGAAAUCGAUCAAAUAAUUUCAGCCGAAAUUCCAGACCCAUUAAUUAAUCAAGAAUUAUUUGAUAUUGUCACCAAACACAUGAUCCAUGGGCCAUGCGGAGCUUUCAACAUGACGUCACCGUGCAUGGAAAAUGGAAAAUGUAAAAAAAACUUCCCAAAGCCGCAUACGAAUGACACGAUCACGGAUAUUGAUAGUUAUCCAAUUUAUCGCCGCAGAAGUACUGAGAAUGGUGGCCACACAUUUACAAUGCGACUGCCGAACUUUCCAAAUCAAGUUGAGCUUGAUAAACAGUGGGUGGUACCAUACUCACCACUACUUUCAAAAACUUACAAAGCUCAUAUCAAUGUUGAGCUUUGCAGUUCUGUUAAAUCAAUCAAGUAUAUUUGUAAAUAUGUAAACAAAGGCAGUGAUUUGGCCAUAUUUGAAGUACAAAACAUAAAUAAAAAUGACGAAAUAGCACGAUACCAAAUGGGCAGAUACAUUAGCAGCAAUGAAGCUAUUUGGCAUAUUCUCAGCUUUCCCAUCCACGAAAGAGAUCCUGCUGUCAAACAUCUGGCUAUACAUCUUGAAAACGGUCAACGUGUAUACUUCACUGAAGAAAAUGUUCUCCAAAGAGCGUUCGAAGCUCCGAAAACGACUCUAACUGAAUUUUUUACAUUGUGUCAAAAACCUGAUGUUUUUGGCCAAUUUGCGAACACAUUGGUGUAUGGUGAUGCUCCACGUUAUUUCACAUGGAACAAAUCCAGUAAAAAAUGGGAGCCACGGAAACAAGGAAAACCACAUCCUUCCAUUACAGGCAUAUUCAAAGCUAAGACAUCCAAAGCAACGUGAAUGCUUCUAUUUACGUUUGUUAUUGGUGAAUGUUCCCGGACCAACGUCUUUUGAAUUUUUGCGAACAGUUAAUGGUCGAGUAUUCAAUACAUACCAGGAUGCAUGUCGUGAACUGCAAUUGCUAGAAGACGAUAACCAUUGGGACUUAACGCUUGCCGAUGCUGCGUUGACAUCAACACCGAAUAACAUUCGUCAGUUGUUUGCAAUUAUUUUGACGACAUGUUAUCCCUCGCAAGCACAAACUUUGUGGGAAAAAUAUAAAAAUUGUAUAACACAAGACAUCUUGCACCGGAUGAGACAAACAAAUCAAUGCCAAAACAUAGAUUAUACACCAGAGAUGUACAAUGAAGCAUUGGUCUUUAUCGAGGAUUUAUGUGUUCUUAUUUCAAAUUUACCGCUUAAUCAUUAUGGUAUGCCAUCACCUAAUCGUCCAGCCACCGACUUAGUCAAUACCGAUUUGCAACGAGAAAAGCAAUAUGACCAUGGAAGUUUAGCAACAAUUAUCAUGAACAGUGAACCAUUACUGACAGCAGAACAAAAAAUUAUUCAUGAUCGGAUUAUGCUGGCUGUUGCUGCUGAACAAGGCGGCUUUUUUUUCUUGGACGCACCCGGUGGAACCGGUAAGACAUUUUUAAUAUCGUUGAUUCUUGCCAAAAUACGGUCGCAACAAAAAAUCGCAUUAGCAGUAGCAUCGUCAGGCAUUGCGGCUACUUUACUGGAUGGUGGGCGAACAGCACAUUCAACAUUCAAGCUGCCACUGGACGUUCAUAAUAAACUAGAUGCAAUGUGUAACAUCAAAAAGAAUAGUGGAAUAGCUGCAGUGUUGCGGAAGAGUUCUAUAAUAAUUUGGGAUGAGUGCACAAUGGCACACAAAUAUUCACUUGAAGCAUUAAACAGAACUAUGCAAGAUUUAAACAGCAAUAAUAAACUGUUCGGUGGUGCUAUCUUACUUUUGUCUAGUGACUUCCGGCAGACCUUACCGGUUAUACCUCGCUUUACUUUCGCGGAUGAGAUUAAUGCAUGUUUGAAACAAUCAUUCUUAUGGCGAAGUGUUGAAACACUUCGAUUGACAAUUAAUAUGCGAGUACAAUUGCAAAAUGAUCAAUCAGCACAAAUAUUUUCCGAACUACUACUAGAUAUUGGGAACGGUAAAAUAGAACUGCAACCAAAUACGCAAUGCAUUAAACUACCAGACAAUUUUUGCACUGUUGUUCAGGAUAAAAAUGAAUUGAUUCAGAGUAUUUUCCCGGAUAUACAUAAUAAUUAUUUGAAUCAUGAAUGGCUUAGUCAACGGGCGAUUUUGGCAGGCAAAAACGAUGAUGUUGACGAAAUUAACUUCCAGAUACAACAGUUGUUACCAGGCGAUCUGAUGUUUUUUAAAUCAAUCGAUACUGUUGUUGAUGAAAAUGAAAGUGUUAAUUUUCCGAUCGAAUUUUUAAAUUCAUUAGAUAUCCCUGGAAUGCCACCACAUAAUCUUCGAUUAAAGAUUGGUUCCCCUAUUAUUCUUCUCCGUAAUUUGAAUCCACCUCAUUUAUGUAACGGUACGCGUUUGGUCAUCAAAAAAUUCACCGGAAACAUUCUUGAAGCAACCAUUUUGGCUGGGAAGUUUAAAGGAAAAGUGGUCCUGCUGCCACGUAUUUCGAUGAUACCAUCAGAUUCUACCAUACCCUUCAAAAGGCUACAGUUUCCAAUUCGUUUAGCUUUCGCCAUGUCUAUCAAUAAAUCUCAAGGUCAAACAAUGUCCAUUUGUGAUUGGACACAUUUGGAAAAUCCAUGUUUUUCUCAUGGCCAACUAUAUGUUGCGUGUUCACGUGUUGGAAAACCAUCGAAUCUAUCUGUUUUAGCUAAAGACAGGUUAACCAAAAACAUUGUGCACCGAUUGGUGUUAAAUUAAAUUGAAAUUGAAAGUAUUUAUAUUUUAAAAAAUAGAUAUUAAUGUUUAAAAGUUUAAGACUGUCUGCCUACCUCAUUCAUGAGUUUGAGCGUCACAUAUUAUUUGCUGUAUAAUACUGUAAUAUAUACUUAUUUGUUAUAA